AUGAAAUUCAAUGGAGCUUGUUUGGUGGCAAUUUUAGUAGCAUUCAGUAGUGUGGUCGUAAUCUACGCCUCCGAUCCUGAUAUUCUCACUGAUUUCGUUGUUCCACCUGGGCAGAACGCACUUAAUUUGACUGGCGAUUUCUUCACUUUCACGGGAUUUCGAGGAUUGCCCAACAACAAUCUAACGGGGCAGACGACAUUUAAAGUGACGAAGGCGGUGGCGGCAGAGUUUCCGGCGCUGAACGGGCUGGGCGUGUCAAUGGCGGUGCUGCAAUUCCCGGUGGGCAGUGUGAACCCUCCUCACACUCACCCCCGCGCCUCUGAACUUCUCUUUCUUGUGGACGGAUCUCUCCUCGUUGGAGUCGUGGACACCACGGGAAAGCUGUUCACGCAGACUCUUACUAAAGGAGAUUUAUUUGUGUUUCCCAAGGGACUCCUCCAUUACCAACUGAAUAUGUAUGCUGGGCACGCGGCCACGGCUGUUUCUGCCUUUGGAAGCGCGAAUGCAGGCACCGUCUCGCUCCCUUCUACUCUCUUCACAAGCGGUAUCCCCGUUGAUGUUCUGGCCAAAUCAUUCAAGACAGACACGCACACCAUCGAUUUGCUCAAGAUUGCCCUUAAAAGUCCCUGA